UUUGAACUGUGUAAGUUUAUAUUUGUAAUGUUUCGCUAAAAUGUAGCAAGGCAUCGCAGAUCCAUAAGUAACAACACAUUUUCAGGUUUUAGGUUCUCUUUUACUGCUGCUUAGAAUGAAUGACAUGAACCUCAGUCCAGUGGGCAUGGACCAACUCAGUGUGCCCUCUGUCAGUGCCAGCCAUCUGGGUCUUCCUACCUCCCCCACCCAUAGCCACAACCCCAUCGCCUCUCCAGGGAUGCCAGUUGCCAUACCAAGCCUUGGUCCAUCUCUUGGACCGCUACCCUCAGCUCUGUCCCUCAUGCUGCCAAUGGGUCCUUUAGCUGACCGAGGAGUCAUGUGUGGCAUUCCAGAGAGGAACUAUUCUUUACCCCCACCUCCAUAUCCUCAUCUGGAGAGUAGCUAUUUUAGACACAUUCUUCCAGGUAUUUUGUCAUACCUUGCUGAUCGGCCACCACCUCAAUACAUUCAUCCUAGCAGUCUUAACAUGGAUUCGACUUUGUCUGUUGCCAACAGUAACCCCUCCUCCCUAGAUCCAUAUAAUGGCUCAGGGGGACAUUUGGAAUCAGGCCUGGUGUCUAUAGACUCUCGGCAGGCUGACCUCCACCAAGGCAGUACCCAUGAGGUGCAGCUGGACACUUCUGGCCUAGCAAUAGAGUCGCGCGUCAACAGCCCUAUUACUCCUGAUGGAAUGGGAGAGGAACUUGCCACUAUGGAAGGUGUGGUAGUGACCAUAGAGACUCAGCAGCAACUAGGGUCUAGGAAUCAGACCCACGAGAGCCUGGAAGGAGGAGUCAUGGCCCUGCAUGGCUCUGGACUGGAGCUGCCUGUUGUAAUGGAGCAGGAACAUAUGAAUGGUAGAGUAGGGAGUGGAUCAGGAACUGGUGGUCCUUGUGUUUUAGGUGAAGCUUUGCACUCUGGUGUGGUCAGUGUGGUGCUUACUGGAACUAUGGCACCACAGACACAGCUGGAGUCUGUAUCUCUACACACUUCAGCAAUGGGGCUGGAGCCUGUCAGUGUGUCCCCUAUUACUGCAGAAGUGUCUUUGGGACCAGAUAAUCUUGUGCUGGUCAACUCAACACUACAGCUGGAAAAUGCUACCGCAAAUAAGGAGAACAUUUGGUGCAAUUUAUGUGAGCGCUCCUACAACUCAGAUUGUCCUGAGCAUGGACCUGUCAAGUUCAUCCCAGACACGCCUAUUCAAAGCCGUGCCCGCCUAUCUCUGCCCCGACCACUGUGCCUCCGUGUUUCUGUGGCUGAUGAACCCAAUGGUGUAAUUGCACGUGAGACGAUCUCCAGCAGGACCUGCUUUGGUCCAAUGAUUGGACAGCACUGUAGCAGUGUGGAGCUUACAGACUGGUCUGAUAAAGAUGCCCCUCAACUGUGGAAGAUGUUCCACAACAACGUCCUGGAGUUCUGUAUUGUGACCACAGAUGAAAAUGAAUGCAAUUGGAUGAUGUUCGUAAGAAAAGCAAGGACCACGGAAGAGCAAAAUCUGGUGGCGUAUAUUGAUAACAGGAAGCUUUACUUCUGCACGACCAGAGAGAUUCUCCCUGAGCAAGAGCUGUUGUUCUUUUACAGCAGGGAAUACAGCAGACAACUAGGUGUACCUCAAGUGCUAGAGGGGCAAAUUUGUCACUGUGGAAAAGAAUGUGACUCUUUUGUCGAGCUCAAGUCUCACCUCAGCAGCCAUGUCCACAACCACAGUCCAACCCAGAAUGAUCCUACUCACAUCAUCCACACUCAGCCCCAACCACAAGAGAAGCUGACUAGUGAGGUGCACAGCCCUCCUACCUCACCAUCAUGGCAUUGCCAAUCACAGGAGGAUGGGCAGUGCAACAACAGUAUUAAUGGACACCGUCAUGGUAGAGAGAGGAAGUUUAAAUGCAGUGUGUGCUCACGGGCAUUCACUACCUCCACCAAGCUAAACGUGCAUUUCAUGGGUCACAUGGGUGAAAGACCUAAUAAAUGUAGCUACUGUAGCAAGGCCUUCAGUGAUCCGAGCAAUCUAAGAAUGCAUCUGAGAAUUCACACAGGUCAGAAGAACUUUAGGUGCAAUGUAUGUGGAAAAUCUUUUACCCAGAAAGCCCAUGUAGAGUCUCAUAUGGUCAUUCACACGGGGGCCAAGAAUAUCAAGUGUGAUCACUGUGACAAGAUGUUCAACAGGAAACAGGAUUUGAAGCAGCACAUGUAUUCCCACUCCCUAGAUCGUCAGAUAACCUGCCCAAAGUGUAACAAGCAAUUCCUUAAAACUGACCACUUAAAAAAGCACCUAAACUCCCACAAUGGAAAAAGGGACUUCAUAUGUGAAAAAUGCAAUAAGGCCUUUCUCACAAAAUAUCAUCUUACACGCCACCUCAAAAUCUGCAAGGGGCCGAAGACUGGUAAGGGAGUUUCCCAUGAAGAGGAGUGUGAAGAGGAAGAGGAGGGAGAAGAGCAGGAAAAAAACAGUACACUAGAUGAUGGAAAACAGUAUGGCAUUGGCAUGCCAGGCUUCUCCUCUGACCAGACUGUGUGACUUCUCACUGUGAAUUGCCUUGCUUGUAAAUUUAGCUUGUUUUUAUAUUUCGAUUGUGCCAAAAUGAUUUUCUCUAUUGUAUGACACGUUUUAAUAAUACCAAUGAAAAAUACCAAUGUUUCAUAAAGCAUUUUUGUUGAAAAAAUUAAAAACUGUUAUAUGUAAAG